ACCACGUAGUCCCCCCUUUUCAUGGGGCGGGUCUAAACUCAUCUAUGUCUCUGCUAUAGUCGCUAUUCCCUGCACUGAACAGCUGUGUUCACUCCUGGGAGGACUUUUAACUCCAUGCGGAAAAAGUCAGUGCUCUCAGUUAUGCGACAGGAACUAUCACCACCAUAAAGCUGGUCUGUUUGUCCUGUGUAGGGACCAAAAGAUAAAUCCAACCUGUGUCCCCUUCUGAGCCGACCCACACAGUGAGCUGUUAGUGCCAGCCCAUCAGACUCUUAUGCGUCCUCAGCCCACACCCACUGCAACACCGGUCUGACAAGUACACCACUGUGUUUUCUCCCAUGACUUUCAUUCAGCGCCAUGCCAGGGCAAACUACACCUUUGGAUGGAAUUCCAACAACAUGGAUCCAAAAAUAAACACUUGCACAAGGACUAAACACUGAUAAGACUGUGUUGUACUGAACCUUUUCUACCAAUAUGCACAUUAACCUGAUACUGUUAUGUAAUUCCGAUGUAGCAUUCAGGCACCAAGUCCGUGAUUUGAUUUAUUCAGGGUGGGGCCCCAGUCCGGUACAGACCUGCCAUUUAUUGUGUGACGUGUGCUCUUGCUUCCUCCGUCUACCCUUUUCACCACACAGUUAAUACUGUGAAUAACAUCACUCCACAUCACACCAUGUCUGCUUGUCGUCAUUUCUGUAAUACUUGAGGUAUUACCUACUGACAUCAUUCCUUAAUAGACAUUUCAGUGCUGCGUUUGUGUGUGUUUUGACAUCAGAAAUAUGAGCUAAAGAGACAAAUCAAAGCUGCAGGUUUGUUAUCAUGCAUGCCUCUCCCAUCUCUUGUGAACACAAAGAGAUGGGAUAGGCAUGCAUGAAAAAAGUGGCCUGCACUUUUCUUCUUUUUUUCAGUAUCACUAAAUUGGCAGGAUACUUUGUAAUAGUAGUAAGUAAAUAGUGUUUGUGCACCGGUCACACAAGCUCCUGUUCAUUGUUAGGGUGUCGUAUCCGAGGGCUUAGACAGAUCCCUCUUUGUGCCUCUUUAUUAUCAGUGUCUGCCAGCCUGUUCUGUCCUAUGAACUCUCAUGCUGGGGCAAGUCUUGUGAAAAAACUGCUCUGUCUGGAGAAGCACGAGGAGCUGCAAAGUGAGCUCAACAAUUGGCUCUUUGAGAAUCCCACUUGCUGAUCAGCACAGAAAAGGAUUUUGUUUUGGGUGAAUUUGUGGAUCUUGACCUCCUAAACACAAAUUGUUGACUCUGAUAUUUCAUCAGCACUGUUUUUUUUUCUCCGGUAACUGCCCUAAAUCCAAAGACAAAUGCUUUGCCUGGGUUUUGAAAACACUUUGCAUGACACAAUUGGCUGAAGCCAGCUCUGCUUACACAAGCCUUCUCAGUACCUGUUUGUACUUCUGCAUUGUGUAAGACCCAUCAGCUGUUCUUUAUAGGCAGCUAUAAUCACACAGGUAAGCGGAACAAUGCCACACCUAGCAAAGUAUGCAGGUGUGAUUGAUUUAAUAAACAUGCUGAAUCUGGUGUCCUCAGGUAGUCAGGUGACAUUCAGUGUAUCAGGUGAGUGUGAAUGUGAAUAAUUCAGUGAUGUGAAAUCAUUGUUCUUUAAUUAAUAACUUAAAGGAGCAUGUUCCAUCAAUUCCACUCUUGGCAGUUGUUCUCUAUAGAUAAUAUUCUCUCCUCUAAUUUAAAUGCAGUUUUAUUAAAGAGAUAUGUUAGGCAUGAUUCUUUGAAAAUAUAUAAAGACAGUGCCAACUUUUUCCCUCUACAGAACUCUUUAAGGUAUUUGAUUGAUUUGGUUUUGAUUAAGACACUAAGGUAACUGUGCAGAAAACGACACAUACCAGAAAUUAUACAAAUUUAGGCAACAAAUAAAUAACUAAAUAAAAAACGAAAUAAAUAAAAAUAAUGAAGAUUUGUAAUGAGAAAAGUUUACUCUUUUUAAUGUUCUUUAAUGUCCUUCUUGCCCGUGGAAGAAACCCAUGGCAGUCGCUAUGGCAACCACACAUACACAAACAUGGCUGACAUUCAGCAGGCAGGUGAAGCCUUCGGUUGCAACAUGCUGUGACUAGGCGCUAGGGACUUUAGUUACAACCACAACUUUGGUUAUAUGUAUAAUCUUUUGCGUCUUCCUAACGCGCUACAUGUCUCGGCUUGACGUUCACUUUACGUGGUCCUAAACUAAGUUCUUUUUCAAGAUUGCCCUGCUAAUGCUAAGUUAGCUGUUUAGCUAAUUAAACGUUUAGCUCCAUUGCAGCUUCUGUAUCGACCAUGCUGGAAGAACCGGAGACGAGACAGAAGUCGCUGUUUGACCCGUCUGUUAACAGUCACAGACCCGCCUCAGGAAAAUCACAGGACAUCUCUCACGUAUUAGCGAGUACUUUCAAGGACCUUUACACAAAGGACAUCAUUGGAAAAGACACUUUGUCCAACCUCAUCAAGUCAAGGAGUGGACGAAGCAGCUACCAUGACAAAUAUGUUGAAGAGCUUCAACAGGCUCAUUCUGAAUACAGCCGACGUAUAAAAGAAGCAGACAUGCUGGAGAGUCAUAUAAUCCAGGCCAGAACUCGGGCUGCAACCACAGAAAGCCAGGCCUAUGAAAGAAUGAAAGAGGAGAUAGGAGAUGUUUACGAUCACCAGGGUCUCCUCACAGUCAAAUCAGCCUUUUCCUGGUGUGUAGACAAAGAUCUUCUUGAAAUGUACAACCUGAUUUCCCCUCAGGACUACUUAACCUCACAAAAACCACGAGUUGGACCACCCGUGGCAGUAAAACCGAAUCCUGCCAAACCCACCAUCGCCUACGCCAUGCAUGUGUCCAGGGAGCCUCAGGACGAUGGUUAUACGCUGAUUCCCAGUCCAGAAAAGACUGCAUUAGAAAUGAAUGAGUCAGACCUCAGCCUGACUUUUGAGUCCAGCUCAGAUACCCCAAAGAGGAAGAAAAAUCCCAGGGAGAAGCCAAAUCAAACCAAACCCAGACCAAAGUGGAAGGGGGAGGCGAGUGUGAAGGAUAAGGCAGAGGCGUGGGAGAAACUUCAAAAGCUGAGAGAUCGACACAGAUUCCUACGCAAUCCUCACUUCCUCCCUCCAAAUGCGCAGCCUGGUGGCAUGUCCCUCAUCCACCCCAGGGGCAAAGUGGUGAAGACAGAACAUGAGAGGAAAGGGGUGGAGGAGCAGAGCUCCACUGAUGAUCCUGUCCCAGUCUUCCUAGCCAAACCUUCGGUGGUGGUUUUUACUGACUACAGUGUGGGACAUGUUUAUGAGACAACACUGGAGCUGAAAAACUUGACUUCUUCGAGCCGUCAUGUCCGGGUCAUCCCUCCUACCACUUCUUACUUCUCCAUUGGCCUGGGGAGAUUCCCUGGUGAGGGUGGUGUUGUUGCCCCUGGGAUGAGCUGUAAGUACACAGUGCGGUUUGCUCCAGACUCCCUGGCAGACUAUGAGGACUUCAUAGUGGUGCAGAGCCAGGCUGAGCACCUGCUCGUGGUGCCCAUUGCAGCCAGACGACCCCCUCCAAUACUCACCUUACCAAGAGUUCUGGACUGUGGUUACUGUCUGAUCGGAGGAGUGAAGUUUGUUGAGUUUCUGUGCCAAAAUGUUGGCCUCAGCUCUGGGACUUUCUGCAUCAUCCCCAAGAACCAGUGGCCAGCCUCGAACCUCAGGCCUGCGGCCAGAACAUACUUUUGUGAGCAGCCACCCUUUGCAAUCAGCCCGUCUCUCUUUGUGCUGCAGCCAGGAGAGGCCACUGUGGUGGAGGUGGUUUUCUUUCCCACGACUGCUGAGAAGAGCUGCCAGGUUUUCACUGUUGUCUGUGACAACUGCCAGGUGAAAGACAUCUCCAUUGAAGGUGAGGGCCAGCUGAUUGCUCUUGAGCUUGUGUCUGUAUCUGGGGAGAAGGAGCCCCCUGUAAUCGGGGAAGUGCAUGACCUCACUGCAGAGCACUUUGUCCGUUUCAGCCCAUGUAACCCUCAGUCUGUGCAACAGAAAAAACUCAUCAUUAGGAACAAUGUCCACUUGGAGCUGCCGUUCCACUGGCAGAUAUUGAAGCCCAACCUGCUGCCUCUGCUUCCAGGGGAAACCCCUGUACCUUCCCAUAUCCAGUUCCACCUAGCUACAGAUGAUGCUUUCCAUGUUAGCCCCCUUACAGGCAUUCUGGCCCCCUGCCAGGACCAAGAGUUCCUGUUUACCUUCUCUCCUAAAGAGUUGAAGGACUACCACAGUGUCUGUCACUUAGUCCUGAGGGAUGUCCCACAGCUGCCAUCAGAGCCCAGUGAAAACGGUGCCCUUCAGCCUGUGCGCACUGGCUCCAAGGUGCACGAUGUCAUCGUCAUGGAGAUAGAAGUCAAGGGGUCAACAGAGCCAUACCAAGUCCUGCUGGAGCCCUACGCUGUUGUGAUCCCUGGAGAGAUUUUUAUUUGCACAACCAUCCACAGGCAGUUCAAGAUGUGGAACCACAGCAAGACUUUCAUCUUUUUUCACUGGGAGAGGAUGAACAGCAGCAGCCACAUAAUAGAAGUAGAGCCAUCUACUGGCAGAAUAGAGGAGAACGAGUGCUUUGAUUUUGAUCUAAUUGUGACUGGAGGGAAACCGGAGAGGGUUGUGACCAGUCUGCUUUGCCACAUAGAGCACCACCAUGAACCCAUCGCCUUGGCUGUGGAAGUCUCCUUCAAGGGUCCCAUAGUGACCCUCAGUGUGCCCAGUGUGGACUUUGGGCUCAUGAGGCUCGGGGAGCAGACGCAGACCACCCUGCUGCUCACCAACACCACCCAGCUGGAGGCUUCCUGGACAAUUGAGGACAAUCAACAGGACCACCAAGACGCACAGGUAUUAGUGGAGCCAUGCAGAGGUGUGCUGCCCCCCUUGACCUCUUGCAGUGUGGACGUGUUCUUCAGGCCUCGUUUCUGCCAGCAAUUAGAAACAGAGCUGGAGCUGACGGUGGAGAAUGGAAUAGGAUGUCACCUGUCAGUGCGAGCAGAUGUGCAGUCUCCUCAGGUGUGUCUGAUGAACUGUGAGCUGUUCUUCUCUGAACUCUACAUCGGAAUUCCUGCCAAGAGCGCUGUCACUCUUUUCAACCAGACCCUGCUGCCUUCACACUUCAGAUGGAUGUCUGAGCUGCAGGGUAAACAGGCUUCACUGUGCACAGCCAGUUUUGACCCAUCCUCUGGUACUCUGGAACCUAAUGCCAGCAUGGAGAUCACAGUUGAUUUUACCUCUCACACAGAUCUGGAGCUGACUGAGGUGGCUGCUCUCUGUGAGGUCCAGGGGAUGAACUCUCCUCUUGUUCUUGGCAUCCUGGCUUCCAAAACCAAGAAACUCAGUGUGUCUUACUCGCUGCCAAGUGUCUGCUCAACGCCAGAUGACGAGAGCCCCUCAGAGCUGCUCCUCGACUUUGGAGGCAAUGUCGUUUUGAAGAGAGCCGUUACAAAGCAGUUUCUGAUAACCAAUCAAAGUGCUGUCCCUGCCCCUUUCACCAUAGAGGCAGAGUAUUUCCACUGCCAUGCUGCAAAGCCAAAUACCCAGUCCAAGAAAAGGUUCACAUAUGUUAAGAAGCCUCUUCACUCUGUUCAAGCUAAGAAAGUAGAAGAGAAAGCACAUGAGGAGUUUGUGAGCAGCCUGCUGGCUCAUGGGAAAGGCGCAGCUUUCUAUGUCCUGCCAAACACAGGGACGCUGGGACCAUUUGAGACCCAGACUGUGGACGUGACAGCCUACACUGACAUGUGGGGGGAAUACAGAGAUCGUCUCAUAUGCAAAGUGGGCGACCUUGAGCCCACACUCAUUCCCAUGCAAAUGACAGUCAAAGGAUGUCCACUGUACUUCCAGAUGACAGGCCCACGACCAGAUGACCAGAACCAGGGGCCAAUCAUACAGUUUGGCACUCAUGUAUCUGGAGGUGACACAGUGUCUCGUUCUCUUCGCAUCAACAAUCCCACCAUGUUUGACAUUCGCAUGGACUGGGAGACAUAUAACGUGGACCAGGAUGACCGUAAACUGGUGGAUAUGGUGGUGGCAUAUGGAGACGCCUUCCCAGUCAAAGAUACUGAUGGCAAUGAGGUGAUGAGUGGAGCAAUAAGGCUUUCUGAUGGGAGCAUUCAAACAGCCUGGGAAAGGGCUCGCACUCCAGGCUCUGAAGGAACAAGCACCUCCCCCCACAGCAAGACUGACAUGGAGGAGGAAGAAUACAUAACUGAGGAUCACAGUGACGAAAAGGAAACCUGUCUUUCCUUUCCCUUUCCUGCAAAGAAAAAACUCUUCUCCGUCCACAUCCGACCUCAUGUGGGCAAUCUCUCAGAUUAUCCCUACUGCAUUACACCUCAGCAAAUAGUGAUUCCAGCAAAGAGCAGCAGCACAGUCCAUGUAUCUUUCACUCCUUUGACUCUCUCCAGUUCAGCUUGUGAGGCCAGAUGUGUGGGUUUAGCUCUGGGUUUCAUGAGUCUAGACUCCAAGAUGGCUGCCUUUGUCCUGGGUAAAGUUGGAAGAGCUCAGGGUUUGGAUUUGGAGCCUGUCAGGGUGGAUCUACUAGCAGCCGUUAAGCCUGCAGUGCUGUUAGUGCAGAUGGAGGAGGACGAUGGGGUGCUGGAGUUUCAUGCAUCGGUUGGUGAUUUACUGAGGGCAGAAUCGGAGAAGGAGCCGGUAGUGCGGGAAUUUGAUGUCACACAGACCCUUCAGCUGAAAAACACCUUGGAGAUGCCCCUACACUUCAGGCUGGUGACUCAGCAUCCAUUUAUAGUGCUCAGGCCCCAGCCUCGAGCCCAGACCAGCACUUCCAGCAACCCACCUACUGGUGACAGUCAGUCUCUGGUGCUGCAACAACAAAACAGCAUGCAGGUGAAAGUGGCCUUCCACUGCUCUCUGCCCCUUCUGGACCACGGGGACCAGACAGAUGAGGAGGUUCCUCCUGGGGUGACCCUAAUCCACAGCACAAGUGGGCAGAGGAAGCUGAGGUUCCAGCAAAACCUCCUGAUUCACUACAGCAACAACAGCCUGCAGAUAGUGCCUCUCUGUGCCUAUCUGGAUCUAUCUACCCUGCGUCUGUCCACCCACAGCGUCAACUUUGGGUUCUGCUAUGUGGGACAGAUGGAGACAGUAGAAGUAAACCUCUACAGUCAUGGAGCCCACACAUACUGGAAAUCAGUCAUAGAGUCAGAUGAAGGGGAGCCCCAUGUGUUCAGGAUCACACCAGACUUUGGGCUUCUGAAGUCCAAGGAGCUCCACGUCACCAGCUGCAGCCAGUGUCUACAGAUCAGCUUCACUCCCAGUGAGGACAGAGAGUUCAGAGCCACAGUGGUGAUCUGGUCUCCUCUGGUGAAGACCCCCCUCACUCUGCAGCUCCAAGGAGCAGGAUCUUUUGAUGAAAUGUACAGGUCCAGCUAGAUGUUGCUGUAACAACAUAGUCACCACCUAACCUAACUUACAUCAACCUAUUUAUAGACCUUUUUGUAAGAAUGUAAAUAAAUACAAAGAAAAACC